UGUAACACUAUUUUUGUAACACAAAAGAGUUAUAUCUAAUUCUAAAAGUGGAGUUGUAACAUAAUUUAUAUUUGAUUUUAUUAUUUUUUUACGUCAAAUUUAGAUUUGAUUUGAUUGAGUCGAGACUGUUACAAUGUGACAGGUAAAUGUAAAUUAAAUUAUAAAAUGCGAAUUUAGUUCAUAUAUAUACAAGAUUCGUCAAAAAACUUCUAGAAGAAAAGUUUUAGAUUUUUCUAAUUAAAUUAAAAAAAUUAAAGAUAAUAUCUUAAUAAUUAAAAUUUUGGGAUUGAAGCAAUUGUGUUUCAUCCUGUUGUGUUUUUUUUUUUGGGAUUAUAUGCACUUUAAUUGAUUUUUCUUAAUCUUGUGUAGACAUAUUAGCACAAAGUACCGAAUUUUUAAAAUUAAACAGUAUAUACAUGCAUAGAUCAAUUAAGUUUUUUUUUUGUCAACGAUCAAUUAAGUUUCCAACAGUUUUUCGUUACCCUUUCUCAGAAAAAAAAACAGUUUUUCGUUUGUAACUUUGUAACCCUAACGCAUCUUUUACCAUGCACACGACAUUUGACACAAAUAUAUCUAAUAUUGAAUUUAGCGCCAAGAAAUGGGAAGUUUAGACUAGGGUUCGAAUGGUAACUGCAGUUUGAAUGGUGCGGAACAAGCGGUUUAACUGCAAGACGGUUUUAACAGUUAUAAAAACGUAUAAAUAUAUGGUAUAUAUAGAGAUUUUUGUUACUGUUAACUGCGGUACGGAGCGGGACAGUUCGUAACAUUCGAAACCUAGGUCUCUCUCCGAAAUAUUAUUUUUUUGUCGACCGUAAUUACAUAAGGGAUUUAUUAUAAUAAAUACUCGAUAUUUUAUACGACAUUUAUACAAAUAUCGGUAGGAAGAUAUUUUCUUGGAGAUUAUUUUUAUUUUAAUCUAAUCCGAAGGGACCUGUAUGGUCCCAUACAUACAUCAGAGUUAUUUAAAUAGUCAAUAGCUAAGGAAAACGAAUAAAGAACUGCGUAGACAAGUUCAUGAUAAGAAUGAUUUGUGUAUAUGAGAGGGUAUCGUGUUAGUUGUAUGUACGUGUGUGCACCAAAGAGGAUACAUGCGUGGGUGCCCUUUCUAACUCUGAAUAAAAAGAGAAUAAAAAGAGCUACACUGCGUAUUUUAAUAGAACACAUAUAUAGUGAAGACUUCAAAAUAACAGUGUUAUUUAUCAAAUAUAUAUAUAUUAUCAAAUAUAUUUUUAACAUUUUAUUUUAUUGAUAUUGGUUUGAAACUAUUAAUUCAUAGAAGAAAUUCGAUAUACAAAAGAAAACUACUACUAUUCCUCAAGGUAAAUAGCAUAUAUUAUUUUUAAUGAUACAUUAUUAGUACUAUGAUUUAUGACGAUCAUAAAGUAAAUAUCUAAACAUUUCCAUAUCUACACUAGCAGACAAUUUUCUAAAAUCUUUAAAAUAACAUAAUAUAUUUCAUAUUUGGAGAUAUUUGUGAUUGUCUUUGUCAAUUUUGUUCAUUAUUACGACGACUACGACGACACUGUGAAAAGUUUUUUUUUCUAAAAGACAACAUUUUCUAUAUCAGAAAAGAAUUUUCAUUUAUAAAGACUAAUAGGCUUUGUGGAAACAAGGUAGCCUAAUAGUCAAAGUUUAAAUGUUUAUAUAAUCUAGGUCUAAGGUUUAAUUUCCAGACAAUGCAGUUUCUUACAAAUUAUAUGAUGUGAAACUUAUCGGAGGUUCUAGAGUACAAUAGGCAGAGUCGUUCGUUCAUUGUGGUCGUCUGCUGCGGAGAGAGCAUGUCCAUCGAAGAUGUCAUACAUGCAAAACCGUCGAUUCAAGUGUUUCAGGGAGAGCUUCAUCAUAGAAUUUUUAUCUGUAGAGCUGUUCAUCAAUAUCUCAUAUGUUACAGGUAGUUGAUCAUCAUAUGUAAUAGAGUUGGUGAUUAUAUGAUAAUGUAAUGUGUUAUCCAAUGUAAAAAAAAACUAUCUAGGCUCCAAAGAGAGCAUUGUCUGCCAUCAACCUUGCCAGAGCUGAUUUGGCUAAGGAGUAUGCCAUUACAUUACAAGAACGGGAAACAUGAGAGAAAGAUAAGUGAUUGAAGAGAGAGGCAAAGUUUCUAAUGUGAACAAGGAGACCCGCGAUCUCAUUCAAUUCAGACUCUGAUAAAAUGGUGGAGAUGAGGACUAGAGAGUCCGAGAAUAAGUUGAGGGUGGUUAGUCCCAAAGCUGCUGCUGCUCGGAGACUGUUCCUUACUGCCAUUGCUUCAGAUACUAGAGCUGAGCCCACAUGAGAUCUUGAGGCUGAAUCUUUUCAUAAUAUUAGCGUUUUUAGUUGCCUUGAUUGUCCAACCAAAACCACCACAAAAAAAGUUCGAAUCCCAUGCUCUGUCGACCUAACAUGAGGGGAAAUUUUCAUUGGGUCUACCUCUGAAGGGAGAUAGAGGAGGUUUAGUCUUAUGGGAGAGAUGAUUUGCCGAUUCCCAUUCUUUAGCAUCCAGCAAGGAUUUAACCAAAAUGUUUGUUGCCGUAGGAGACAAGUUAUCAAAUAUAGCUUUUCCUUGCCGUCGAUAAGUUCCAGAGAAUCGAGGGGGACAAGAUUAGUAAAAAGACGAUAUUUUCUUUCUUUUUUUCAACUGAAAUUUCCAACAAUUGUCCACACAUGAUUACAAUACACAGGUCCAAAUCACAGAUGAUCAGCCACAAGAAAAAAAAGGAUACAAAGCUCCCUUCAAAAUAGCACACAACAUCUUUUUUUUUGUUUUACUGAAUAGUACACAUUCAGUUCAAAAGAUCAUCAAUAUUCCAAAAAGAUAAAACUACGAGGAAUGAAACAGGAGAAACUAGAUGGAAAGAAAAAUUUACUGUGAAAGGGAAGUUCUUUUGAUCUCAAGAUAAUGAAUCGAGUUUGUACCGAAUUAUCUAAUUCAUCUCUGCAAUAAGUGUCACCGCUGGUCAAGAGAUGGAGGAAUGCAAACAGUAAGACAAAUUACGUUCUCUCUAAAUGAAGUAAUAUGAAACCUGGAAAAGAAGUUUGAAAUUGACUGAGAUAUUCUUAUCUCUAAAAAGCCUAAUCAUUCAUCUUAAACAAUUUUCAAUAUGAUCCGAUGGAGAUAGAUUGGACUUAGCGCAAAAGUAAGACCAGAUUCCGGCAGAGUAUGUACAGCUGAAGAACAAAUGCUGGUGAAUUUCUAAAAAGACGAAAAGAGCAAACAAACUCAGAACUUAGAGAAGAUAAAAAACAUUAAACAUAAUGAGACUAACGUCCCAGUAUAAUUAAGCGAAGUCCACUUGGGCAUGUCAUUCACGUGGCAGCAGUAAAACUUUGAUACUGUCCCUUGAUAUAUAACCACAUUUAAGAAAACCAAUUUGUGUGAACCACACGCCCCUAAAACACGACCUAAGAGGCGAAGAACCAAAUAAUCUCCGACUGCAAUUUUGGCGACAUGCUGGUGUGUGUCGCCGACGAUAGGCAUGUGGUGAACUUUGUCUUCUUCUACUUCAACCUCUCCCCCUAUCUUGCCAUGGAAACGAUGAAAUCAACUUCAUCACCUCCGUCGAUUGCGAUGGAAUCGAGCAAGGUUCUUCCUUCAUCAUCUUUACAAAACUCUAUGGUACUAAUUAAGGAUCCAUCUGCUCUGUCUCUGACUUCUGUUUGCUCAAAGGGAAUUGAAGCCUUAGCUCUUCCAAGAAGUGAUACAGAGCUCUCAAACUCUCAGCUUCCCGACGGCUCUGUUAUUAGUGAAGGCUUGAGCUCUCUCUCACUCUCCAACCACAACACAGAAGGAUUGAAGGAACCUCCUUCGACUGUCAUCACCCCUCCGCCGUCUGGAUCAGUUGCUCCUCCUUCGGCUUCUCAAUACUGGUCAUUCAAACAUUUGAAGUUCUAAACACUCCUUCAACUGAGUCAAUUUAUCCUCGUCAGGUCUAUCAGGCACAUGAAACUCGACUUGAAGUCAAUGUAGCACCUCCGAUCUAAGAAACCACCACUCCCCAAGAGAAACAAACUUGUCCCCUCUUUUGGUUCAUCGGCAAAACCGAUUUUCUUCAAACCACCCUCUUGAGACUACGAUAUGUGAUUGUUGGGAAUCAGUUAGCCACUCUCUGGCCGUCACUCAAUACAGGAUCUUAAUCAAUAAACAGAAUAGGAAACAUCCAACACGUACUCUCCAGCCUCCGAUAGAAAAGCUACCGCCUCCGGAACUCAAAGCUGAUGGAAAUUUAAGAAUCCGUGGGCUGCGAGAUUAAGCCCAGAGUCGUGAAAUGUAUAUCGUGCUUCUACUCCCUCUUACACACUUGAUGGUACACCUGGGGUAUUAAUCCCCUCUAAGUGCUUAAAAUAGGAUCUGAAAACAAGGAUGAGUAUAUCGUUGGCAGGUUCCAUAGAUGUUCUUUACCUCUAGAUGGUAUUGUUCAUGCUGUGAUUAAUAGAAUUUGGGGAAGGAGUUGUAAGAUUAAGUGGAAGAAGCUUGGUGAUUCUUCCUUUAUGUUUCAUAUCCCUCACCAACCUACUUGUCAAUGAGUAAUCCAGAGAGGAGUCUAGCAUAUUGAUGAUUGCUUUCUUUUUGUACUAACGUUGACUCUAGAGGGAUCUUUCAAAAUUCUGGAAAUAUCUACAUUGCCAGUCUGGGUAAAUUAAAAAAGAAAUUCAUGAUUGCUGAUACUCGAGAUUAGAGAUUAGUCAUGUUUCCUCAGAUCUUGGGGAGCCUAUUCUAACGCAUAAACCUUACAUGGAUUCUACUAUGGGUGAAGCUAAGGUGUUAGUUGAGAUGAAAUUAGAGAGUGACUUAUCAAAAUUUAUUGCUCUUGAUGAUAAGUAUGGAAGCAUAUUCCUUGUUAAUGUUGAGUAUACAUGGAUUCCAUCUCCGUGUGAGAGAUGUGGUAGCUUAGGCCACAAAGAAAAGAAGUGUUUGUUGUAGUCUAAUCCUACACCAGAUAAGCAUUUGUCUUCAAAUACAUAAGGAGUAGUGUUGAGACAUUAGCACAUACACUUCCCACUAUAGUAGUUUGGAAAUUGACAAGCAAUGGGUUUUCUCUCAUCUCCUCAAACAAAACUAAUGUGUUAUCUCAUUAUGCUUUCAAGAAAGAAUGAUGAACAUGGUAUCUAUUCAAUAAAAGAAAAAAAAUCCAAUAAAGAUUUUUCAGUUUUAACAUUAAAAAUUUUGAUUAUGAAACCUAAUAAGAUGCGGAAAAUGUAUCAUCUUUGUGUAGGUUUGCCACAAUUGGUCUGACAUUUUUCAGCAUAAUAAUCCCCUUUAUAAUUACAUUUGCAGAAUAACCAUUUUCGUUUGAAAUGAAUGCUGACCAAUAAUGUCCAAUGUUGUUUCUAUUGAACCAAGUUGUACAUUUUCUAAGUCCCAAAAGAUCGAUAACAACUGGAUCAUUUUCCAAAGGAGCCUUGAAAGUAGUCUAAAAGACAAAAUGGUAUUGAUAUUAAAUCAACAAGUGUUUUGUUGUUUAUCUUAUGGAUAAUAAUAUCUACUUUACCUUACACCAAGACAUGGUUCCGUUGAAUGGUAUACUUUCAACUGACCAUUUAGACACUGAUUCUGUUUUAAAGAGUUGGUUCUCAAACCCAAUUAGACCUUCUAAUAGCUCAAUUUAUGAGCAGACAAGUCCUUAACUAUAGUUUCAUCACCAUUUCUUCAAUAAUAGAAAUGGGUCCAGUGAUUCCGACGCACUUUCGAAGAAAACACCAUAGUUCUAUAAAUAAAUUUGACAAAAUUUAUUUUUCAGUCAUACUUAAAAAGAAUUUUUUACUUUUAAAAAAUACAAGAUAAAAUAAUAUUUAAGAAUCACCGCAAAUCCCACAGUUAUGCUAAGGAGAGAAAUGACAUUAUGACCAGACUUAAACUUUGCAUCUUUCUCAAAUACAUAGUGAAAUUUUCCAUUAUCAGCUUGUUGAUUACCUAAAAAUAUAAAUCAAUGAUUUUGUUUUGGUAAAUUAGUGUUAUUGAGAUUUGAAAAAAAACAUAUAUAUGGGUUACUUACCACUAUGUUUUCCAUUGAUAAAAACAUGAAAUAUAUGAGAAGUAUUGUUGAUGCGAAGAGACAUGAUUUUUUCCAAAAAUAGAUUUCAAUAAUCAUGUACCAUAGAUAAUCACUUUGAUAAUUGCUUGCUACUAUCUUCUUAUAUAAUAAAGUUGCCUUUUAUCUCUCCUUGGGGGAAUAAUGACACCUGGCACUUAAAUUGUGUAUUGGGCUAUUGAGUUUUAAAGCAAUUUUGUCCGUAGUGUUUUAGUUAAUUAAUUAGUUGGGCCUUCGUGAGUUUAGUUUAAUUUUGUGGCCUGCUCCCCAUGGGUUUUUCCGUCACCUAAGGUGUGAGAAUUUUACUUCCCGCAGAUUUUUUUCGAUGAGAAAUGAUGAGAAGCUCUGAGGAACGUUGCAACGUUUCGUUUGUGUCUUCUUUAUUCCCCGUUUAUUCGUGAUUUGAGCAUUCAAUGCGACUCAUUUCGUUCCUAGAGUAACUUACUUGAGCUUGGGGUAUAAAUAUCCCCUUCAUCCAGAAAUGAAGAUUACAGCUUCGACAACAACCAGAAGAAGAAUACUCUGUUCAACUUUCCGGUUAUUACAAUGGCGAAUCUCCACAUGUUUCUUGCCGAUUUGAGAGGAUAAUAGCAUCCAUUUCAAUAGCAACUAGCUAUCCUCUUGGCUCGAUGCCGGGAUUAGUUAAUCGUUAUCAAAGGGUUGAACGUGGUUCUGAUGUCAGUUUGCACGGAUUAUCAUCUACGGAGGCAGGAACAACCAGAAAAGGCAAAGAAAAUUGAAGGAGGAACAGCUUCCUCGCCAUAGAUGUGUAAGAUCCAUCUCGCUUUGCUUUAAAUAUGUACUUUUUUCUUCUGAUCUCUUUUUGAUCUCAUAUGUAGCUUAUUAGACUCUGGAAACAAGCUCUAUGGUAGGUCUUAUGGCCUUUGACCAUGCUUUUUAUGCAAUUUCAGGGUAGAGAUCGAUCAGUAUUUUUCUUUUGCAUGUCAAUUAUGUAGCAGGAACAUAUAGUCAAAACUUGGAAAUACUUUAGAUUCACAAUCGUGUUUGGGUAACUUGAUUUUUUCUUUUCUAUAUGUAUCAGGAGUGAUGAUGAGUACGAUGAGUAUGGUGUAUACCAGACUGAUAUUGAUACCGAGCUGCUCUCCUCAAGGUAAUCAAUAUUAUGGCCCAAUGGAAUAUGAAGAGACGAGCAUAGGUGAUGGCCCCUGUAAGCAUCUUAGUGGCGAAACCCAAGAUUGCAUAUAUAUACAAGAAAGCUUUGUAUUUACCUCUUUUGGGAAGGAUUCAACCAGUAAAUAACAUAGCCUACUUCCCUAAAUGGUAUCUCAAGGGCCUAAGAACUAGCUCCAUACAAACCGGUGGCUUUGGAAGCAAGUUCAUCAACUUGGACUUCAUGUCCUAUGUUUGAUUCCUCAACUGGAUGCCUGAAGCACUUCAAAUGCCAGAACCAGAGCUCGUCAGGUCUCGAUUCUGUUGUCUACUUGAGGAUCUACGUACUCGGGUUCAAGAUUUUUUCCCCACAGCUCGUGUUGCUUUUACAACAAUGGUGCAUGUUAAUUGGAAAAACAAGGGAUUGGAUGGAUUAAAACACUCUAAUAUAAGCUACAGUGAUAUUGAUAAGAUUUCAUUGUCAAAUAUACCAAAUGGAUCAGACAUGUGAGCUAUACAUUUCCCAGAGUUUGGUUCUUUUUCUUCUUUGUUCCAUUAGUGUAAUGGUUAUUCAUUUUCCUAUAGAUUUUGGGUGCAUAUGUGUAUAGCUUAUGCAAUCACCUUCUGGACAUGCUUAAUGCUGAAAAGAGAGUAUUAGAAUAUAGCAGGCUUCAGUUUCUUGCAAAUGACAAAAGGAGACGUAACCAGUUGACUGUAAUGACACAAUGAAUUUCUUUUUAGUAACUAUUGAGUUAAGCUUUCUUGAUAGAUUCAAUCUGAAAAAUUAGUUCCUUUCGACAUUAUAGGAGCAAAUACGUUACAAAUAAACCGAUAUAUCUACAAUAUAUUUACAAAUUAAAUUGCACAAAGAUUCUGAUAGAACCACAAAUAUCUAAACAACAUGGCCAGACUCAAACCCUCAUAAGAAUUUUUACUACUUUUUAAAGAGUUGAGAAAUUUGUAGAUUACAUUACUCAUAGAUAGAAAAUUAUGUUAUUGUUUAGUUUACUUUUUAAAGACCAAAAGGAAAUUACAUUACUUCUAUCAAGAAAAAAAUUAAAAAGUUUAUUUAUUGUUUACUUUAAUUUUUAAAAAUAAUUAUGGGGUAAAAGUGAUUAUAUAGUAAUGUAAAACUCUAUUUUUUUUCUCCAAAAUAGAGUAGAAUUGUUAUGGAGUAAAAAUGCUCUAACUCCACUUCAUUUAUCACUCCAUAAUGGAGUAAAGAACAAAUAAAAAUAGCUUACUUACUCUAUUUAUGGAGUAAACUUCAUUAUGGAGUGUGAAAUAAAGUAAGAUCAGAACAUUUUUAAUUACAUAUAUAUUUUUACUUCAUUUUAGAGAAAAAAAUUGAGUAUGGUUAGAAAUGCUCUUACUCCCUUAUGUAUUGACUCCUGCUAUCAAGUUUGUGUUGAAGAUAAAACCAUAAAAGGCAAAGUAAUAUAUUCAUCAAUACGAACCGUAAAACAGUUAGUAGUAAAAAAAACAUUGCAUCGCUUCCAUUAUCACUCAGCAGGACACAAAAAUGCAUUAACAUGUCGUCCAAAGCCAAGAUACUCACAAAACAAACACAUGCAUUUACAUUAUUUUACUUUCGGAACAUCAACUUUACUUUACUUUAUGUUCAAAUUGUUCAAGUAUAUUAACUUUGAUGCCACUAUCACGUGCUUAUCCUAUUUGUAAUUAAAUCAAACAAUAAUUACAGAUUAGAAUACAAGACUAACAAGUAACAAAUGGAACAAAUAAACAAAUUGAACUCAAUGAAGAAAUAAAACGUCCAAACCCGACGUAUAGCGCCGGAAUACCCCUAGUAUAAUUAUAAAGUUGUCUCUUUGUAGAUUCUCGUUUUCCUUUCAAAAGGAAUUUAUCGAUGUUUUCUGGUCUCAAUGACCAUUUCAGAGUUGAAGGGUGAUAAUCUGAAAAUUGAAAACCAACAAAACAAUGAAUUUUGGUUACUCCUGUGAAUGAAUAAUGGUUGUUAGUACGAAAUUUUAAAAUUUACAAAAGAAAAUGUAAAAGAAAAAACUUUGGCACAGUUAUAAGUCUCGAUCCGUUUUGCAAUCUGGUAAAAUAGUAAGAGAACAAGUCUGAAUUUUCAUUUCCGUUUCCAAAAAGGCAGUUUGAUCCUUCUUUGGUUGCAUAAAUUGAUGUCUAUAUAAUAUGUUCAUGAUAAGUAAUUAAUCAAGAGUAACACGUACGAUACUAAUAAAAAUAACAAGAAUAUUACCGAUGCAAAGUUUCCAAAGUCAAUGGUGGAGAUGUUUCUGUAUGCUAUGAAGAACAUCUUGAAGUUGUUUCCAUAUUCGUCUCUUUUCAUGGCCACAAUUGCUAUAAUUUUAGAAUCAUACUCAUAGAGAUCCACCAUCUCAAACUAGUUGGGUUCUAACAAUCAUGCGGAACCUUCUUUAUGCCACCAAGGUAAUAACUUGCCUCACCAGAAAGAAUAUCAAGGGUAGCUGUGAUUCGAAUGAGAGUAAACGGUAAUAACUCCAAGCUUGGAUCCCCUUGCAAAAUUUAAUAAAAGUUGCAUCCUCUCGAAGUCGACUGGUGACCUUCCUGAACGAGCUAUCAAAAGCACAUUCUUCAUCAGAUUAACGACUAACGAUAACCAAAAACGACAAAGUAGUGACCUAACAAAACUAUUUACCGGGGUCCAUGUUUCAUUCAUAUCGAACCACCUUCAUGAAGUUUUCAGAGACUAAUUUCUCGUCAGUCUUCAUGACGAAGUAUUUACUCUAUCAAUAUUAAACCGAGCUGUUGGGUGCAGUGACUAUCUGAAGAUUACCGACAAGGUUGUACAUGUCGGGCUUUUGAGAAACAGUCAUGAAGCUGGUUAUAGCUUCAAGUACCUGCAGCCCCAUAUCCUGUUUGAGCUCACAAGACAGCACUAUAAGGCCUAUUAUUGUUAGGACUCCACUAUCAACUGGGAGAUAGCCAUAUCAUGUCAGUGAGAAUAUUUGAAUAGAAGAGAAGGAAGAGGGAACCAGAGAUGGCACUCCUUCACAAACACCUCGUACAUCAUAAAUACCCAGGAGGUGCCAACCAAUGUGUCUCAGACUCAGAAGGAAGAAUGAAAAUCGUCUCUAUAGGGACUUCACGCGACUCCCAACCCCUGAAGUGACUCCUCCGUAUAAGCGUUUUUGGAGUCAAAAACACCAGGUGAGAAGCGACCAGACGAGUGGGAUCCCCAGAACUUCUUACAGGAAUAAAAGCACCGCCUCCACCAUCGGCACCCCGACAAGUUCCAUAGCAGGAGGGAGAAACCUAGUUCUGGAACUUCUAGUGGUUCGGGGACCGCUAGAAGAAGGAAGACGUGAAAUAGGGAGGUCAUUGUCAGACGACGAGCCACCAGAAGAUGGAGCCAAGGGCGUCCUUUAGUUUCUUCUCAUCAACGUCGCAAUCGACAAAGGAGGGAAAGAAAUAAACAGAGAAGCACUUUUACGAAGAAGAAGAUGAAGUUAAGAGACAAAGAAGAAAAAAUCGCAAAAAUCCAAGAAAUGUAUAAGAGAAACUAACUUAUAAAGGUUAAAGAAUAAAAACCUAUUUCUGAAACAACACGAUGGCGAUAAAAGUAAAAAAUCAAGGGUCUAAUCUCUCAAAAAUAAAAAACAAUUCAGUUUCCAAGGAAGGAAAGUUGAAUCCUUUGAGUUAAAUCAAUCAAAUCGCAGAUCAAGUAGGUAAUUAAUUUUAGAAACCGGAAUCUCGAACCAGAUUUUGAAGUACAAAAAUCAACGGUCUCAAGUACACCAUCCAGGUAGGAAUCAAUACUAGACCUGGCUAGCGACCUGAGACACACCGGACUCCAAAGAGGCUUCACCCACUCCAAACCCGGUCCAAAGUCCGGCCCAAUAGUUCAAAAGCCUGAUAAGAAGACAAUAUUCUCAUAAAGAACGCUAGUCCAUCCCGAGUUCGGAAGAGAGUCAAGGCCGGACUAACUCGGUCAAUCCAAAACAUAAGGAAGAUUAGAGCAUCGAAGAUGGUCUUUAUGACCUUAGAUGCUCAACGGAGAUCACGUUGUUAUUACAAUCCUCCUCUAAAUAUCUAUAGAAGAGCCACAAAGGAGAAGGGGAUCCAAGUUUCCAACAUCACAAAUAUACUUAAAUUACUUUUGAGUUUACUUAUAUUCUUAUAUCUCCUUGUUCAUCACAGUUGUAUAAUUUCAAAAAUCAAUAAUACACAUUUUCAUACCAAAAUCAUCAAUAAAUAGUCUUUUUACUUAUUACUUCCUCAGUACGUUAGUCUAAACUCUAACGUUAAGUGGUUUUUGAGAUCUAUCAACCUUGUAUCUGUGUAAUACCCUGGUAAUGAAUUUGUCAAUCCAGUUGUCAUGUUCUUGAAGACUUGCAUGUGCACCAAUGUGGAGAUGCCAAUGUGUCUAUUUUCACCAUUAAAGUGUCUUCCCUAAAGUCUAUUUGUUGCAAACGCCAGACUACAGAUAUGCAUAUGAUAUGAAGAUGAUCUUCGAGACAUUUAUGAUCAUAGGCUUUUAUCCAAUGAUCCCAAUCUAUGUUUAUAAUCCCUACUUAUAAUAUUGGUAGUAUCUUCUUGAUCAUAUCAUUCAUAUUUGGGGGGAUUUCAUGUUCACCACUUUUAUGAUAUCAUUAUUUAUCUUUGUCAUCAUUAAAUAAUAGACAUUUUCAAAAAUAUAUUAUUCAUUAAGUGGCAAAAGACUCUUGUACUCGUGUUUUCUAUAUAUAUAAUAAAUAAUUAUUUAAACAAAUAAUUUUUUUUUAUGUUUUCGAAUUAUACUUUUUCAAAUUUGAAUUUUUUUUAUAAUAUUUUUUUCAAAUUUCUUUUGGAAAAUUGAAUAUUAUGUUUGAAACUAUUUUUUCAUAUUUUUUAAGUAUUUAUUUAUAUAUUUAUUUGAAACUUAAAUUUCAUAUUCCAAAAACGCUUUCCGAGACCCAUCAACUCUAAACCCUAAGUUUAGAUUAGUUAAAUCUAGGAGUAUAAAUUUUUUUUACCAUUCGUUAAAAGUGAAGGAGUAGUUAGUGUAAGGAAAAUUGUUACGCAGCUACACAGACUAUGUAGCAUCACAUGGCCAACCAUCCAGAGUAAACAAAUGUAUUGAAACCUACACGAAGUAUAUGUCGCACAUAACGACAUGUGAUGAUUAGCAAAAAAUUAUGUGUUUAACAUCACAAACCCACUUAACCUCGUCGGAACCUGGUUAAUCUCUUCGGAACAGUAAAACCGAACCCGAUUUACCCGGUUUUUAAAAAAACCCGACCCACCCUUAAUUAACCAUAAACCCGACCCAGAUUUAACCUAAAUCUAGCCCAAUUCUGCAAUUUAGAAGCCCAUUAAAAUGAGAAAAGAAGAAAUCGAAUCAAGAACUCAACUUUCCCCGUUCUUCGAAUCGUGAGAGAGAGAGAACGAACAAGUGCAAAAGAAGUGGAUUUUGUGGCUAAAUUCGCAAGAGAAGAGUGAAUCGGUGAAGAAUCAAGUCGAGAUGAGUGUCUCGGUGAAAGUGAAAUGCUUUCACUCUGGUCGGUUUAAAGAUGAAGGUGGAUUGUGUUAUGUAGAUGGAACCGUCGACGAGUUCGAGUUGGAUGCGGAUUCUCUUUUCACGAACUUGGUAAUGAAGAUGUUUGAGAAAAGGAUAGUGAUUGGGAAGUUGUGGUUCAAGCUACCAUUCCAUGAGUUGGAAGAUAGGAAACCUUUAUUUGAAAAUGUCGAAGCCAAUAAGAAGAGAAUGGAAUCUUCAGCGCGUUGGUACAAGGAGCUCGACAUCUAUGUAGAGAGAGAUAGGGUUGUUCUAGCUGAAGAAGGUAGCACGAAUGUUGGAGUUCAAGAAAGGGUUAUGAACGUUGAACCAGAAGAAGAGGGUCUGCAUGAUAGAGCUGAAAAACAGUGUGAGAAGCUCUGUGAAAAGCUGGCUGAAAAGAAUUCUGAGACGGGUUUGAUGUUUGAUGAAGAUGAAGAUGAGGCGUUAGACACUUUGUAUGAUCCUCUUGCAGACGACUCGGAUGAUGAGAAGUGUUCAGAAGAUGCCUUGUCAGAAUCUUCAGAAUCGAAUGAUGAGGCGGAAGUUGUUGAAGAGGAUAUAGUAGACAUCGACAAUGUGAACUAUGAGGAACAGAUACCAGACGAAGAUGAGGUGUACCCUGCUACAGACGAUUCAUCUGGUGAUGAAGAAGAACAAGCUGAGAGAUUAGUGCAAAGGGGUUUACCGGAUGGAGUGUUCAGCUUGAGACAGCUCUUCAGCAGUGGGUCAGAAUUUAAGAAGAAUGUCAUAAGAUACAUCCUGAAGACUGGGCGUAAUGUGAUAUUUGAUAGAUGGGAAAAGACUAAGCUUGGUGCAAAGUGUGGUGAAAAGAAUUGUGGAUGGAGGAUAUAUUGCUCUGUUGAAGAACCUAUCGGCAAAUGGAUGGUUAAGGUAUAUGAAGAUGAGCAUCAAUGUCAUCCUGUGGGGCGGUGCAAGCUUAUCAAGAGCCCUGUUGUUGCUGAUUUGUUUCUUGAAGAUAUAAGGCGAGAUCCAGAGAUGAGUGCACCGGAGAUCAAAGAUGAAAUGAAAAGGAGAUACAACAUUAUCAUCUCGCCUGCUCAGUCACAAGUUGCUAGAAGACUGAUUUUCGAUAAGUUGCAAGCUGAAACUGAUGAACAAUUUGCAAGACUUAGAGACUACGAGCAUGAAAUCAAGAGGACCAACAAAAACACUACUGUGGAGAUCAACACAACUCGUAGAGAAGAUGGAAGUGAAGCAUUUUCACAAAUGUACUUAUGCUUUGCGGCUCUAAAGACUUCAUGGAAGCAACACUGCAGACCAGUUAUUGGUUUGGACGGUACGUUUUUGAAGCACUCAAUGCAGGGAAUGAUAUUAACUGCUAUUGGAAGGGAUCCUAAUAACCAGAUAUACCCGAUAGCGUGGGCUGUAGUUUCUUCUGAAAAUAAUGAUAAUUGGGAGUGGUUUAUCCACAAAGUCAAGGUCGACUUGGACUUGGGUGAAGGCGAUGAGAUCACAAUAAUAUCUGAUAUGCACAGAAGUUUGAUCCACGGUGUUGCUACUGAGUUGCCAAAGGCAGAGCAUCGGGCUUGUGCAAGACAUAUCUACGCCAAUCUGAAGAAACUGCACAAGUCAGACACACUGAAGCCAAUGUUUUGGAGGGUCGCAAGCAGCUACAAUGAAGCUGAUUUCAAGCAAAAUUUAGCUGCAUUUAGAGAGUUUGACCCCUUGGCAUGUGAUGAGCUCCUUAAGAGAGACCACCGGACUUGGUGUAGGGCGUUUUUUAGGAUUGGUUGCUGUUGUGCAGACACACACAACAACUUGACAGAGUCCUUUAAUAGGACUCUAAAGGUGGCACGGAAGAAACCUUUUGUCCAGAUGUUAGAGCUGAUAAGGAGAGAUGCAAUGCAAAGGAUUGCCAACCGCUUUGAACUAGCUCGUAAGGAACCUGCAAGGCAUACUAAGAAAGCAAGAAAGGAGGUUGAGAAGUCGUGUGAUGAAGCUCAACACUGUCGUUCUGUCUCUAGCACUGGUGGGAGGUAUGAGGUUGUUGAGGGAACUAAUGGAUACUCGGUGAAAUUGCACAAGAGGACAUGUGCGUGUAGAAAGUGGGAUCUAACUGGGAUUCCAUGUCGUCAUGCUGUGUGUGCGAUCAGGGAGAACACAGGCUUGGUUGAAGACUACAUAUCUGAUUACUACACGACCGAGAAAUGGAGAGAGACUUAUCGAAGAGAUUUGAAGCCGGUCAAUGGACCAAAAUUUUGGGUUGAGUGUGGAGGAGGACGCAUUGUUGGACCACCUUACAAACGUCCUCCAGGAAGACCUAAGGGAAAAGCUAGGAUCAAAGGAGUACAUGAGUCACCCUCAAAAAAGAGGGUUGGUCGCAAAGGAAGGGUACCACACUGUGGUAUUUGCAGUGAGAAAGGUCAUAACUCAAGGACAUGCCCCACUGAGUCUCCGGAGACCAGGGAAAAACGAAGACGGCUAAGUAAGCAAUGUGAAGAAGAUGCUGAAGAAGCAGCUGCAAGGAAUGGUCAAGAUGAAGCAAACGAUGAAGCUCAGGAAACAGCUGAAAUGGAAGCUGAUUUGGCAGCUCAAAUGGAAGAUCAAGUAGAAGUUGAGUUUAUUUCUUCUACUGCACCUCAGCCAAGCCAACCAAGCCAAGGAAACCAAGCACCACAACGAAACCUCAGAAGAAGCAGUCGCUUGGCAGCUUUGCUUUUCGGUUGAAGGGAGGUUUAUCCUUUUUUUGAAAAACAAUUUACAUGUGGUAACAUGUUCUCGGGUACCUUAUUAGGAUUGUUUUACAUGUUUUAACAUGUCCUCGGAAAGCUUCUUUUUUCAUGUUCUAUCAUGUUAACGAUGAUGUAAUGUUUAAACUUCAACUAUGUAUUCCAUUUUGAACUGGUUUAUCUACUUCUAGUUUAUGAUUAUAGUUUGUCAUUCUAAGCUUCUUA